UCACCACUUAGGAAUGCAAUGAUGUCAGCGGGGGCGUGGCUCCCCAAAAUCGGUGAAGGAGAAAAAAAGAGAAAUCGGAAAGUUUCUUCUUUCUCCGAGCUGGAGCCGGAGCGGAGGCGGGGAAGGAGGAAAAGAGGCGGCUUCCGCUGGGAGAGCGUGACCCCGCAGCUCCCCCCCGCUUCCCCCUCCUGGAGAGCGCCUCCUUCCCUGCCAUGUCUGGCCCCACCUGGCUCCCCCCGAAACAGCCAGAGCCGGCCAGGCUACCCCAGGGAAGGGCGCUGCUGCGGGGCACUCCUGGCCCGUUAGUCCCCGGAGCAGCCAGCGCCUACCAUUUCCCAGCAGAGCACAGUUAUCCGGGGCCCGGCCGGCCCGAAGAGCUGGCCCCCGUCGUGGGGAGAUGCCCCAGAGCAUCCCAAAGCGCACAGGGGCUUCGACCAGACAGGGGGGCCGUGCACCUGCGGAGUCUGGAUGCAGAAAUAGACUCCCUGAGCAGCAUGCUGGCUGACCUGGAUAGUGGCAGGGACCGUGCCCCGUACCGGCCAAACAGACAGGCAUGUGAACCCCUUCAACCCCCUCCCAACCGUGUGGCUCUCCUGAAACCGGGUGGAGGAGGGUCCACUCCACCAAGAAUCCCAGCCCCAUCUUAUGGGGGCCCUACCCCUGCCUCCUAUACCACAGCUAGCACUCCGGUUGGUCCUGCCUUCCCGGUGCAGGUGAAGGUGGCUCAACCUGUGAGGGGGUAUGGUCAGUCCUGGAGGGGUGUGCCUCAAGCCGCUAGCCCAGCUCCAGCUCCUUACCCUCCUUCCACCAGCUGGCCUGAAUCUUGGGGGGGUUCCUAUGAGGGGCAGAGAGAGCUCAGGGCCAAAGAGGAGAGUGUUAGAAGUUCUGGCCCAAAAGGAGGAAGAAGAACAGGAGGAGGAUAUAUAUCCAAGCCCCAGGCUGCUCCCAACAGAGAUCCCCCUGAGGAAGAGCUGGAAAGACUAACCAAGAAGCUAGUGUAUGACAUGAACCAUCCACCCAGUGGGGAAUACUUUGGCCGAUGUGGGGGUUGUGGAGAGGACAUAGUAGGGGAUGGUGCUGGAGUUAUUGCCCUGGAUCGUGUCUUCCAUGUCGGCUGCUUUGUCUGCUCCACAUGCAGGACUCAGCUUCGGGGCCAGCAUUUCUAUGCAAUAGAAAGAAAGGCAUAUUGCGAAGGCUGCUAUGUGGCUACCCUAGAGAAGUGUUCGAUGUGCUCCCAGCCUAUCUUGGAUCGCAUUCUGCGGGCUAUGGGGAAAGCCUAUCACCCUAGUUGCUUUACUUGUGUUGUAUGUCAUCAAGGUCUUGAUGGCAUUCCUUUCACGGUGGAUGCCACCAGCCAGAUCCACUGUAUUGAAGACUUCCACAGGAAAUUUGCUCCUCGAUGUUCUGUGUGUGGUGGUGCUAUUAUGCCUGAACCUGGGCAAGAGGAGACUGUGAGGAUUGUUGCCCUUGAUCGAAGUUUCCACAUUGGUUGCUACAAAUGCGAGGAAUGUGGACUGUUGCUAUCAUCAGAGGGAGAAUGUCAGGGCUGCUACCCAUUGGAUGGUCAUAUCCUGUGCAAGACUUGUAGUGCCUGGCGAAUACAGGAGCUCUCGGCCACUGUUACCACUGACUGCUGAGAUUCUCCACCAUCAUGACCUGCCAUCAUGUCCUCCUCCUUGCUCCCAUUUACAAUUAGACACUAAGUCCCAUACCUCUUGCCCCUAGUCUUCAUCACAUAACUACUGAACCCCAGAACUAUUGAGGCCUGUGAGUGGAGCAGGAAUUGCUCCUUAGCUGGAUUGCUAUCAUAUAGGGAGGGAGUGGAGAAAGGUGCAGUGGAGGUUGGAUUGAGGCUGGUUGCUUAGGCUUAGAGGGGAAACAACCAAAGGACGAAAUGCUUAGUUUCUAGCAUUAUUGGACAUCUGGGUACUGGAAAGAAGUAGAACUGGAAACUGAUCCUGAGAUUGUUCUUUAUUUGGAAAGAGUGCUACUCUAGAGGGAAGAGUUUCAUGGGCUCCAAAUUCAGCUGAUCCUUUGAACCAUGGAAAAGGCCUACCUUCUUGGCUAUUCAUUAUGCAACUGAGGGCCCUCUCUAAAAUAAAUCCUUCAAGACUACAAAAACCACCUGGUCUGGCAGCACAAAGGUGUAGAGAAAGUUACAUGACUUCACUUAAUCACAGACUCCCAGAGUUAGAAUGGAUUUCAGAGGUCCAUUAAUCCAACCAUAACCUCAGUUAAUGGUCAAUAAGCAUUUAUUAAAUACUUACUAUAUGGUAAGAAUUAGGGGAAACAACAUAGAAAUGAUUUACAUAAAAUAUGUACAGGCUAAGUUGGAAAUAAUCAAUAGAAGAAGGGCACUAGUAUUAAGGGGCGGGAUUAGGAAAGUUUCUUGUUAAAGGUGGGAUACUUGGAACUUCUAAAAAUCCACAGAAGCUAGGAAAAGGGGAAUGAGGAGGGAAAGACUUAAGGCAUGGACAAUGUCCUGUGAACAUGAACUAAGCAGGGAAAUGGAAGUUUUGUGCAAGGAUGAGCAAGGAGGCCAGUGUCACUGAUUGGAAAGGUAGAAGAGGGUUAGAUUGUGAAAGGCUUUGUGAAAGGAUUUUGGUUUUGAUCCUGAGGGUGAUAGGGAACCAUUAGAGCUUACUGAACAGAGAAGUGACAUGGUUGGAGCUGUGCUUUAAGUUAGCCACUUUGAUAGCUGAUGAUUUGGAGUAGAGAGUAGAAAGAGACUUAAGGCAGAGACCAACCAGAAGGCUAUAGAAGUAAUCCUCAACAAAAAAUUCCUCUAGAACAGCACUAAGAGUAGUACCUAGCAUGGAACAGGCACCUAAUAAAUGUUUUUUGUUUGACUGAGGCCUGACAAGAGACCAUCCAACCUUUGCUUGAAGACCUCCAGUGAAGGAGGAAACUCUCUCAUACCAGCCCUUUUGAAUAACUUGAAUACAAGUAGGAAGCUUUUUCUUUUAUCAAGCACAAUUUGCUUCUUUUGGGGUUACCAUUCUUUGUUUUUAGUUCUGCUUUCAAGACCAAGCAGAAUAAUUUGGAAAGAAUUCUGAAUUAGGUAUUAGAGAUGUUAGAGGCCCAGUUUUAAAUUCUAGUUUUAGGGCUUAUUUUCUGACCUUAAGCAAAUAAAUCAUUUGAGCAAGAUA